UGCAAAGACCAAGGCUACGAUUGGUCCCUCCACGAUAAGGUUUUAAUUUUGAAUUUUUCUUUAUGGCGAGGGAGAGGCCACUGCCGGGACUCCAUCGUAUCCCCGGACUCUUAGCCUAAAACCAUGCCCAAGUUCAAGCAACGAAGAAGAAAGCUAAAAGCCAAAGCGAAAAGAUUUUUCAAAAGAAAAGAAGCCUCUCACUUUCAUUCUAAGCUAGUUACACCUCCCCCUCCGCCACCCUCACCAGAAAGAGUGGUUAUUCCUUCAACAGAUACACCCCUUAGCAGAAGCUGGCUAAGACCAUCCUGGAACUCCAAAUUUCCCAAUUUUAAAGAUGCGGUAAAGCUUUGGACAAAUAGAAGUUUGGAAGUAUUGAAAGACACCAUCUUUCCAUCCUGUUUCUGCCACCAAGAACUUCAUAGUCUAAAACAACGGUUUCACAUUUUGGAAAGUGAAUUACGCAAGCUCCAGGAAGCGUUGAAGGCCGUCUCAGAAAAUUCUUCCUGUCCAAGCUGUGGUCAGAUGUGUCACAUGCGUGGUAAACUUACAAAUGUGCCUGCAUGUGCUCUAACCACCCCUGGAGACUCCGAGGUUGUACUGCCCGCCUCACUGCCACAGCCAACCAGUCGUCUUUCUCCGCCCCCGCCUCCGCCUCCGCCUCCGCCCCCUCCGCCCCCGCCCCCUCCGCCUCCACCACUGACAGCACCUUUGCUGCUCAGAAAAUCUGAUCUCACUAAAGCACAUCAGGCUGGACCAUUAAAAAAAAAUGGACCCAUGCAUAUAACAGUUAAAGAUCUCCUGACUGUGAAAUUAAAGAAGACACAGAGUUUUGAUGAAAGGAGGAAGCUUGUACCAUCACCAAAGGCACAGAAUCCACUAGUUACUGUCUCUGACCUGCAGUGCGUUUCCCUGAAACCGAAGUCCAAAGUGUUAUCAACUCGAGUUACAAAUGUCUUAAUUACUCCUGGUAAAAGCCAGUUAGAUCUGCGGAAACUACUCAGAAAAGUCGAUGUAGAGAGGAGCCCAGGUGGAACCCCACUUACCAAUAAAGAAAAUAUGGAAACAGGAACUGGGCUGACCCCAGUAAUGACCCAGGCCUUGAAGAGAAAGUUUCAGCUGGCUCACCCUAGAAGCCCAACUCAAACUCUGCCACUUUCUACAAGCAGCUUUGAUGAACAAAACUGAUGCCACCUCUGCCUGACUCCAUAUGAUGACCCAUAAAAUAUACAGAAAACAUCACCCCGAUCCUUUUUGUAACGUAGUGUGUAUAAAUAAUUAUAUUAAUAUAUAAUUCAUUCGAAGAAUUACAAUAUGUAUGGAGCCCGUACAUACUGUAGCAUAAAGCGAGUAUUAGGAUAUUUUCUAGUUUACAUGAUCAAUAAUAGAACAGAUGGGAAAAUGCAAUCCCCAAAGUGAUGUGUAUCCUGGAAUUUACCGAAUUUAGGUUGGGGAGGUUAUUCAAGUUUAACUAGAUAACUCUAAUUUUUGCUCUAGAGGUGCAGUUCUGACAUUAAGAAAAUAACCUGGUGCCCAUUCAUCUUGGGUAGUCUCAGGUAAUUGAAAAGCAAAGUAUUUCAGCCUGUAAAGCUCAUGCACUCAUUAAGUGCUACAAACUUAACCAUAAAAAACAGACCCUCUAGAUUUUAUUUCUGUUCCCUAUAAGCAAUUAAGAAGUAAAACCAUCCCCCAUUCAAACCUAACUGUUCCAAAAGAAUUUGAAACAAAAACUCCAAUGUGACCUUAAAAAUUAGAAUAUCACGGGACUUCCCUGGUGGUGCAGUGGAUGGGACUCCGCUCUCCCAAUG